AUGGCUGGCUAUAAGACGUAUCUCACAGUACUGCAGAGAACAACUCAGGCCACUCCAUUGCCCCCGGCCCUUAAGAUAUCACACUUUUCAUCAGAUUGUGAGCUCCAAGGGUGGAAAGAUAUCACCUACUCGCAGCUUUUGCAUGACGUUGAGCAAGCCGCCAAGUAUUGGUCUCGUGAGCUUUCGGAAAAGGGAAUUGACAAUGUAUCAGUCAUCGGGUCUUAUUUCGGCUCACUUGGCAACGCCGUGGUCAGCGAGCUCCUCAGCGAAGCUAAAGCAAAGGGUCUUAUCCAUGAUCCGGCAAUUACUGUGUCUGUGGGUGAAAAUGUUUUCACAUUUCCUGCUGUUGGUUUCCUCUGUCUGGUGGUCGAGCAGCCUCCGCUGGCUGAAAUCAACAGCCCCACGUCGGGUGAAGAGGUCUUUUUAUCCUGCACUUUUCUAUAUCCACGCCUGGGAAACCGAAGCUGGUUCCUGCAACCACGUGUUGGCUGA